UACAUACAAAUAAUUUUUGGUUCGAAUAUCAGGAAUAAGCCAAUUUGGCAUAAUUGUUGAUGAAUUAGGACAAACCAGCAUUCAGUAUUUGUACCUCGAGGUGCUUACGCAAAGUAACGAAAAGAGUUUGUAAUUUAUCGAAUGUUCUAAUGGAUGCGGGAUUGACAGAUUGCUUUAAUUCGAGUUGUGUGAGUCUGAGUGAUCUUUCAUUCGGUUAUCGAAGUAACUUUGAUUGAAAAUUGUUCGUCUUCCCGUAAACAGUCCUUUGGUGUUCCGAUUUCGCACGUCGUUUAUCUUGCUGCUUUGACCACUUAGUUUUUGGAACGUUUGUUUUUAUAUCUGAACUAGACAUUAUCGACUCAAGGAGUAAUAUUUGGAUAAUGAUAUCACAGAAUCCCAGCCAAGCUAUUGCGAAGGUGAACCAAAGCGCAUUAUCCAUUCACUGGAUGCUCUUACUCAGUAAAUUUGAAAUGUUUUGAAAACGCUAUGAUGAUCUUGAGAGCCAUUAUGUCCUCAAACGAUUCUUCGUCGGGAGAAGAGUUUGGUACUUCGGGGUCUUCGAAGAGGAAACCGAUGAAGAAGCCUAAACGCAGGCGCAAAUAUACGAUGAAUUUUCCAAGUUCGGAUUCUGAAGACGAGAAUUCUGCCGCCUGCACUAGCACCGCUCCGGAGCAUCCCGCUUUCCGCUGUCCCAAUUGGACUGUGGAAAAAUUGCUGGCUAAGCGACGAAGCCAUUUACCCGCGACAAGUGGUGCCUCGCAAAUGGAAUUUUUUGUGCAAUGGAGUGGAGAACCUCUUGAAGCGUCUGCAUGGGUGCCAGCGGAAUUUAUUGACAGCUGGUUUGUUCAGAGGUUCGAAGAUAUUCCUGUCUUGACAUCGAGCUCGGAAGGCAGUGAUACCGAUGCCACGUCAAUGGAAGAGGCCGCUGUUACCACGCAAAACGAUCUGACACCCCAUCGAAGAUUCGAGAGGCAGCGAGUAGCUGCUGCGGAAUCAUCAAGGUCUACGGGAUCAGAAAUUCGUCCGAGGCAUUCACCUCUCCGAAAUGGAAUGGCAGACGGUGGCCAACGUCAAACUGCACGUAAAAGAAUCACCAUACCCGAAAGACGAAUUGACAAUGUUGCGGAAAAUUCCGCAGAGUCAACCUCGGCUGAAGACGAUGACAGUUCCUCUGAGAAACAGAACGGGGCAAUAACGGAACCACCAAGGGAUUCCAGAGAGACUAACGGGAAGGCCAAAUCGAAAAAAAUUCGUCUUUCAACCGACCGCAGUCCUUCCAGUGCUGGAAUUGGGGGUUUGGAAGAGGAUGCGGAAACGUCUUCCACGGACAGUGAACAAUCUGUUAUGUCCACAGUAUCAAACGCUGAGGGUUCCUCGUCUGUGAAUGACAGACCUUGGCAACCCGGACAAACAGAUGAUGAGAAUGAUGAAGAAGUGGAUCUUGACAACUUAUCUAUCGAAGAUGAUUUGCGUUCUCAGAAUUCUGAUCCCGAAGUUUGAACGCAUUGCCUUUGUUAUCAGCCUGGACAGAUGGAUCUGGAACACUGGCGUUUCAUUUUAUUAUCUAGGUAUUCCUAGGAGCUGGGAGGCUAAUGGAAUGUUGCUUCUUGCCUCGAAACUUUUGCUCAAAAUUAUUGAACAACCACUUAUUUGUACUGCGCAAUGUGAUAUCGUUUUAAGACAGCUAUACGCUAACAUGAAAAUUGAUGAAAUGCAUUGUAUACUCACUAUAAUGUUAUAUAUAUGAAGGUUAAAGCGUUUCAGAAGUUAUAUUGUUUUGUUAAGAAACCGAGUGGUGCCUCGAAAAGGAGGUAAACAACAGUAAAUUAUUUCUUGUU